AUGCAUUGUACAAAUACAAUUACCCCCUUAAUCUCAUCAAAAAUAAUAAAAAAUGAAUAUCCACAUUUAAUUAAAAAUUGUACAUAUAGUUAUUUAUUAGAGAUUCCAAGUGGAUCGAUAUCCAAUAUUACCAGUAUAAUAUGCAAUUAUAAUACUUUCCACACUCCUAGUUAUCAAACAAUUGGAAAAAAUUUAAAUGGGGAUUAUUCAAUUUUAUUUUCAGAUAUUAGCUUACCGAUUGGUUCACAACAAUUUAAAGUGAUAAUUAUAGAUUCAGAAGUAAUUUCAAAUGAAAUUACUAUACAAUUAGAAUCACCAUGUUCAGAAUUACCAUCAUUAGUUUCACCAAUUAAUAAAAAUCCAAGCGCAAAUAAAUGGAUAAUGACAAAAUCAAGAUUAUUAAAUCAAAUACCUACAUUGGCUGUUUAUUUAUCAAAUUUAAAUGGGUUCAUAUAUCCAACAAAUAAUAAUAACCCACAAAUAAAUAGUUUAUUGAUAACUUCGAAUGGAUUUAUACAAAUGGAUAAAAACACAUUUUUAUUUAAUUAUUAUUAUUUAUCGUUUUUAGGCAAAACAGAUGAUAUAAAAUGGUUAUACUUUAAUAAUUCAAUUAUUUCUGACUCAAUUAUGUUUAAAAGCCCAGUUUCUGAAAACUUUGGCAAAUCAAUGAUAAGUGUAUCUAGUUAUCCUCAAGCGAUAGAUUGUAAAAAUUUUAAAGUUUGUUAUUUGGUUAUAAAUUCAACAAUAGCUUUUGUGCCACUUUUGGGAUUUAUAGAGGAUAGUACUGGAACAAGAGAUGCAAUGAAUAUCUAUCCACUCUAUGGAAGCCCAAAUAAUUCAAAACAUAUAGCCUAUUUUAAUUUUAAUGAUGAUAAUAAAAAUGUUUAUUCAGAAUAUUUUGUAAUGGGUUACUCUUCAUAUGAAAGUGUACAGAAAUAUAGAGCAAGUAGAAAUAUUACUAGUUUGGUUCCACCAGCGAUUUCAAAUGUUAAAUCCAUUCAAAUAUCCUAUGCUCAUUAUGAUCCAUAUUCAUUAACCAUUGCAUAUUUUGACAAUGAUAAUCAAAGUCAAGUAACAAGUUUAGCUUUUGGUCCUUUCAUUCAAUAUGAUAGAGUAACCUAUCCGUUUGGCUUUUUAAAAGGAAAUUCAAAAAACUAUUCCUAUGCCAUUGGAAUGGUUCUUCCAAUAUAUUCUGAUUUGCGAUCUUAUUCUUUUAUACCUCCCAGUGGAAUAACCAUUAAAAUGGUGAGUUCAGUAUAUACUGGCGAAAUAUCAACACCAAUUAUAUCAUUGGUAUCAUUCAUUCCAAAGGUUGGUGAUGGUUUAAAAACAAUUUUAAGAAUAACAGCGUCUGAUAAAGUUUUUGGUUUAUUUUAUAUGGAAACUCAACCAUCAGGAAUUAAAAUCAUUGGAAGUGAUUUGGUUGAUGGUAAUAAAUUUAAUGGUACCUAUGAAAAAUUAAUUGAUUUUUCAAUUUAUCCACCAAUAACUUCAAUUACAGCUUAUAAUUUAUAUAACGCAGAAUCAAUUACUUUCACUAUGAAUAAUCAUCAAUAUCCAAGUAAUAUUCCAUCAAUUUCAGAUAUAACAUUAUUUAAAUUUAAGAAACAAACGGUAGACCUUUCAACUGACAGUUUCAUCAAUACAAUCUAUAUGAAUUACUCAAAUGCAAAUAUAAAUUAUAGACCAGGUUUUAAAUUAAUAACAACAUCAGAGAUUGCAAGAGAUUUUCAAUGGUAUCGUAAUUAUGAUUACCUUGAAUGGGAUGAAACACUUCAACUUUUUAAAUUAGACUUUUAUAUGCCACCAAGAUUAUUUACAGGUAUUUUAGAGUAUAGAUUUAAUUUUGCUUAUGUAGAUUUAGAUCCAAAUUCUUUAUCAAAUUUGUUAGUAGAUAAUUCAAUAAAUGAUAAUAACGCAAUACUUUCAGUUACUUGUGAUUUUGCAGAUGAAAUGCCACCAAUUGUAACAAAAAUAAAAUCUAGUGCUCAAUCUUUUGAUUUAUUAUGGGAUAUUACAUUUAGUGAUGAUAUCAAUGGUAUUGAAUCAAUUAAUGUUACAAUUUCUAGUGAGUUUGAUUUAGUUGGUGAAACCUUUACAUUUUUCCCAUCACUUGAUGAUAAUAAUAAAUUGGUUACAGUAAGAAUAAACAAAACAAUUUAUCCAUAUUCAAAGAGUCAAACUUAUAGAAUUUCAGAGAUUGCAACACGUGAUACAAGUGGACAUUAUGCCAAUAGUACCUUUGAACCAAGCUUUCAAAAUAUUCUUAAUCCAUGGAGAUUAACAUAUGAUGAUAUUUCAAAUUUUGAUUUUACCAUUUCCAAUGAAUUAAAUAUUGAAGAUAAUGUACCAAUUAUUAAUUCAGUUUUAUUAUCAACAAAUUCUAUUGAUAUUUCUACAGCAAAUAGAGAGUUAACUGUAACAUUCAGUGUUUCAGAUGAUACAGGUUUUUCAAAUAAUAAUCCAAUAGUUUAUUUUCAAACUAGAAUGCUAGAAACUAUUAGUGUAGUUGCAAAUAAAACCAAUUGUUCAUCAGUUACUACUUGUAAUUAUCGAGUCGAUCUACAAUUUCCAUUUUUAUUUGGCUAUCCAGAACCAAUUUUAUGUUCAAUCUAUAGAAUUGAAGAUGUUUUUUUCAAUUUUAAUAGUUAUAAUUAUCAUAAAAAUACAUUAAUUCAUACAAGUAAUAGUGUGUUAGAAACUAAACCAAUUAUUGAAUCAACAUCAUCAAUUACUCGAAAUGGUGGUGAUCUUAUAUUGAAUGGUCAUUGGUUUGGAAUUGAUGAAAAUGCAAUAACCAUUAUGAUAAGAUAUCUUGAUUUACCAAAUGAAAAUAUUACAUCAUCUUCAUUUAUUUAUCAAUUUGGUAGUGAAAUUAAAUUUAAAAAAAUUAAAGCAAACAAUGGUGAUUCAGUUUAUAUUAGAUUAAAAGUUGGAAAUCAACUUUCAAAUGAAUUUAAAGUUGUACCAAUUCCAUUAAACAAUUGUCCAAAUAAUUGUAAUCAAGAUAAAGGGCAAGGUGUUUGUCAAUCGGAUGGUAGUUGUAAAUGUUCAGAUUCUAAAUGGUUUGGUGUUGAUUGUUCAAAACAAUUUCAUUACAUUUCAUCGGUUUUACCAUCAACAACCUCUGGUGGUGAAGCAAGUUUCAUAGGUCUUUUUAGUGAUUCACAUGAUAAUAUUUCAAUUUCAAUUGGUGGUUUAGAUUGUCCAAUUUUAUUAAAUACUUCAAGUCUAAUUAAAUGUAAUGCAUCAGCAGGUAUUGGUAUUAAAAAUGUAACAUUGACACAAAAUGGUUAUACAUUCACUGCUCUUGAUAUUUAUAAAUAUAUUGAAAUCAGCACAUCUUUACAAUGUCCAAAUAAAUGCUCAAAUAAUGGUAUUUGUAAUAGUACAACAGGUAUUUGUAAUUGUAAGAUUGGUUUUGGUUUAUAUGAUUGUAGUGCUUUAAUUAAUCUAGAUAAUGGUAAUGGUGGAGGUACAAAUACAACAAUUGAUACAGGUUCAAGUUCAACUAAUUUCACAAAUUCUGAAACCAAUUUUCAAAUUUCAAUUAAAUCAUUAAUAGAGGUUGAUAUUAAUAAUAAUGUUAUUAAAUCAUAUUCAUUAUUAAAAAAUUGGUCAUUUAAUAAAACUGAUAAUGAAUUUGAACCAAAUAAAUAUAUAUUAAAACAAAUUUUAAAUAGUAAUAAUUCAUCAGAAUCAGAAUCAGAAUCAAAUGAUAAAAGUUUUAUAAUUACUUCGAUAAUUGAAGAGAUUAAAGAUAAAAAUGGUAAAGAAUUUAUUUUUGCAGGUUCAAGUUUUAUAGUUCCAAGUGGUUCAAUUAAAUUUACAAUUUCAAUUUUAAAUUAUACAUAUCAAAGUAAUUUAAAUUCAUUGAAAUUGGAAUUAAUUUCAUUGACUGAUAAUAAUAAUAAAAGAACUGAUUGUAAUUCUAAAUCUAUUGAAAUCGAUACAAGUAAUACGAAUAAUUUAUCAACAUUUAAUUAUAUUAGAAUCUCAAGGAAUAAUAAAAUUUUAGAAGGUAGAUUUAUAAAUAAAGUUAUGUCAGAUGGUAGAUCAACAUUCUUAACUUCAACUACUAGAAAUGAUUCAAAUUCAAUUAUAACAACUUUAAAUUUACCUCAUUGUGUAUCCGAAUGUAUAAUUGAUCCAGACUUUUCAAUUUUAAUUUCAAAUGAUUUUAAAUCUAGUUGUGAAGAUAAUUCUCGAAAAUGGUUUUUGCCAGUAGUAAUUACUGUACCAAUUUUAGGUUCAUUAGACACAUUAUUAUUAGAAUCAAAACAAUUAAUUUCAAAAACUUAUUCAAUUAAUUCAAGUAAUUGCACGUAUGAAUAUCUAUUUGUAUUUGAAGCAUUUGAAUUUUCUUCACUAUCAAGCUCUAAUCAAGUUAGCUAUUAUGGAGGAGAUUCAAUUGUAAAUAAUCAAGUUUCAAUAAGAGUUUCUAAUAUAUCAAUAAGGGUUGGUUCAAUGGAUAUGUAUAUUUCAAUUCAAACUAAAUCAAAUAAAACAUUUAAUUUAUUUAUUUUAUUAGACGAAUCAUGUUCUGAAUUACCAAAUAAUCUUCAACCAAAAUAUUAUUUUAAUAAGUGGAUAAAUAUUAAAUCAAGAUUAUUAAAAGAUCCCCCAAAACUUACGAUGUAUUUUGAAAAAUUAAAUGGUAUUGGUAACCCUUCAAAUUUUUUAAUAACUGGAAAUUUAAUUAAAAAUACAUCUACAUUCUAUCAGAGAGAGUUUGAAACAAAGAUAUUGGAAUUUCCCUAUACUUAUACAACUGGAAUUAAUAAUAUUAAAACUGUUGAAUGGUAUCAUUUCAAUUCAAUUGGGAAUAUAGUCGAAUCAAAAGUAUUCUCACUCCCUGUUUCUAGAGCACCAAUUGUUUCUUCUUUUAUUCAUUUUCCAAACACUCUUUAUUGGUCAAUGCAUGAUAAUAUUAUUUUUACAUUCAAUGUAACAAAUACUGUAGAUGAAUAUGUAUUCGUUGGAUUUAAUUCAUCAAAUGUCAAUCCAAACUAUACUGAUGCAAUGAACAUGUAUCCAAUUUACGGAAAUCCUAAAAAUGGUCAAUAUAUGGGUUUUAUAAAUAAUUUCAACGAUUAUGAAAAUAUUGAAACUUAUUGGAGUGUUAAUUGUUAUGAUUUAUCAAAUUCUAUUAGAAUCUAUUAUACAAAUAAUAGAACUCUUUCAUCAUUAAAAAUUCCACCAACUUCAAAUAUUUCCACUUAUUCUUUAUCUUCAAGACCAUUCCAAACAAAAGAAAAAACAUAUUAUAUUGGAGAAUAUUAUUUUCCUGUUCAAAGUAGUCCAGUUACAAAGUUUUAUGUUGAACCAUUUAUUUUUAUAGAAAAAAUUAAAUUCCCAUUUGGUUGUACAAAUGGAAAUUCAUUCAACUACACAUAUAUUUUUAAUAAUUUAGUAACACAAUAUGUACCAUUAUCAAAUUAUCAAGUUAUUUUUCCAUCGAAUGGAUAUACUUAUACCGACUAUCCAGUUUAUAAUUCAAAUACAUCAAAACCAAUUAUAGAAUCAUUUUCAUUUACACAUAUCGAAGGAAUGAAAGCAGUAUUUAGAGUAACAAUCGUUGAUAAAUAUAUUGGAUUUUCAUAUGCAACUACAUCUCCUUCAAAUGUUAGAAUUACAACAAGUGAUUUAAUAUCAGGCAAUCAAUAUAAUGGUACCUAUGAAAAAUUAAUUGAUUUUUCAAAUCGUCGUCCAAUUGCUUCAAUAACAACAUUUAAUCAAUUAUUAUUAUCGUCUAUAACUUUUGUACCAUUAGAACAUCAAUUUCCAACUGAACUUCCACUAAUUAAAGACAUUACAACUUUUAAAUUUGCUUCGUCAUUAAUAGACCUUUCAACCGAUGGUUUUUUGAAUACAAUCUAUAUGAAUUAUUCAAAUUCAAAUAUAAAUUAUAGACCAGGUUUUAAAUUAAUAACAACAUCAGAGAUUGCAAGAGAUUUUGAAUGGUAUCGUAAUUAUGAUUACCUUGAAUGGGAUGAAACACUUCAACUUUUUAAAUUAGACUUUUAUAUGCCACCAAGAUUAUUUACAGGUAAUUUAGAGUAUAGAUUUGGUUUUGGUUAUUAUGAUUUAGAUCCAAAUACUUUAUCAACCUUAUUAGUAAACACUUCAAUUAAUAUGAACAAUCCAGUACUUUCAGUAAUUUCAGAUUAUGCUGAUGAAAUGCCACCAAUUUUAAUUGAUUUUACUGUUCCUUCUUUUGUUAUUGUAAACCCAACUCAAACAUCUGUAAUUAGUAUUAUGCUUACAUUCAGUGAUCCGAUUAAUGGUAUUGAAUCAAUUAAUGUAACCAUUGUAAGUGAAUAUGAUCUAAUUGGUGAAAAAUUUACUUUUUACCCUCCAUUAAGUAAUAAUAAAAAGGUAAUUUUUUCAAUUGAAAAGAUAAUUGAAGAGGGUUUUUGUAAAAAUCAAACCUUUAGAAUCUCUGAAAUUGCAACUCGUGAUACAAGUGGGCACUAUGCAAAUAGUACCUUUGAAGCCUCUCACCAAAAUAUUCUUAAUCCAUGGAUUCAACAAUUUUAUAAUUUCAACUCAAUUAAUUGUAUAGUUAAGUGUCAACAAGAUGAUGAUAAUAUCCCACCAAAACUUUCAGAAUUUAAACUAUCAAAAACAACAAUUGAUAUUGGAUCAAUGGAUAGAGAUUUAAUUGUAACAUUUUCAGUUUAUGAUUUAGACAAUAGAAUAUUUUUAAAAGAUUCGCCAACAAUUUAUUUUACUACAAGCCUUUUUGAUCAAUUUUCAUUGAAAGCUGAACUUUUUUCAUGUGUAAAUGAUAGAAAAAAUUGUACAUAUAUUACACCUGUCAACAUUCCAUUUAUGUUUGGGUAUCCUGAUCCAAUUAUUGUUUCAAUCUAUGGUAUUCAAGAUAUAUUUUUCAAUUUUAAUGGUUAUAGUAGUAAAGAAUUAUUGAAAAUGAAUUUUAAUCCAGUAAUUGAAAUUGAAACAAGUAGAAUUCCAAUUAUUGAAACCAAUGGAUCAAUAAUUACAAAUCAAGGUGGUGAUAAUUUUUUAAUUGGUCAUUGGUUUGGUGAUAAUUCAUCAAUUGUUCAAUUAGCAAUUAUUUAUUGUAAUAAUACUGAAAUAAUUAAAGAUUUCAUUUAUAAAACUGGUAGUUUAAUUAAAUUCAAAACGAUUAAACCAACAAAUUAUUCAAUUAAUUUUCAAGUUUCAGUUGAUGGAAUUUCCUCUUCAAUCUAUUCAAUUCUACCUAUUGGUGCUUCAUUUAGUGAUAAUUGUAUUUAUGUAGAACCAACUAAUUCACCAACUGAUUUACCAACUAAUUCACCAACUGAUUUACCAACUAAUUCACCAACUAAUUCACCAAAAACUUGUUUAUCGAAUUGUAGUGGUAAUAAACAAGGAUAUUGUAAUAAUGGAGGUUGUAUUUGUUAUUCACCAUGGAUUGGUUCGGAUUGUUCCUCAAAAAUUAUUGAUGAUAUAAACCCACCAAUCAUUAAGAAUGAUACAUCAACAACAAUGACAACAAAUAAUACAAAUAAUGAAAUAUAUUCAAGUUUAAUUUCAAUUAUAUCAUUAAGAGAACUUAAUUUUGUUGGACAGGUUAUACAAACUUAUAAUUUAACAGAUUGGACUAAAAUCAAUAAUUCAAACUAUACUUCAUCAACAAGAUUCCAAUUUAAAAAUGAAAUUUUAAAUCUAAAAACAAUGAACAAAACUGAAAUAAAUGCUUAUAUUGAAUAUUUUGAAAAAGAAAAGAAUAUUACAUUUGGUGAUCAAGAAUUUAAAAUGAUGAAAUCAUCAAUUAAAUAUACAAUUGAAAUUGGUUCAUAUGAUUUUUCAUCUAAAAUUAAUAAUCUUCAGUUGGUAAUGUCUGCAUCUUUUAUCUCAUCUUCAGAGGAAGAUGUUUGUUCAAAUAAAGAAUUUGGAAAUUCAACAGACGAUUAUUCCAAUUAUUUAAAAAUUCAAGUUAAUGAUCAUUCUCUCUAUGGUAGAUUUAUUAAAUAUGCAAUUGUUGAUAAUAGGACAAGCUCUAUAAUUAAUGAACAAUUAGAUUCAUUAAUGAACCCAAUUUCAACUUCAAAUAAACAACAAACUUUUAUUGGUAUAACUUUACCAAAUUAUGAAAAUUCUGUCGUUAUUGAUCCAGAUUUCCAAUUAUUACUUGAUAUUGGAACCACUGCUAAAAACAAUGACAAUUCAAUUUGUAAUCAUAAUUCAAAUAAUCAUGGGCUCAGUUCUUCACAAUUGGCUGGUAUAAUAAUUGGAUCAAUUUGUUUUUUUGCAAUUAUUAUUGUUUCAAUAAUCUAUACAAUUUUAAAAAAAAGAAAAAAUAUUCAGUUCUUAAUCAAAUUAAAGAAAAUUGAAAAAUAUAAUAAUUAA